UGAAUUGAACACAUAUUACCAUUAAUGGAAAUUCUGGUGCUGUUUUGCAUAGUGCUUUUUUUUUUCUUUUAGCUUUUUUACCUUUGUUAAAAAAAAUCUGUUUUUUAAACAGAUUUUUUUCUGAAACAGACAAAAAUCUGAAAACAGACAGUAGCUAUGUAGUUUUCAACCGAUUUAUAAAGACCUUCAGCCCCCAAAUCCACCUGUAUUUUUGAAUAAAUCAAAACUUUUUUUUUUUUUUUUUAAAUUGGGACUUUGUGGACAGUGAUAUUGUUUAAUAAUAAUAUUUCUGAUAUGAAUAAACUUUUAUUGUACUGUAAUCAUUAUUAGACUGUUUAUACAUUAGGCUAUCAAUUUAGUAAUACUUUCUGAAGCUUUAAGAUAAAUGCUUUUAUUAUCUUUUAUCAUUUUUUUUUUUUUUUUUUCAUCAUAGCUUGUGGAGAUUACUCCUGCCAAUUCUUCCUGAAGUCUGUAGGGAGAUUGAAGGGUUGAUCCAUGAAUGAAAGUCCCAGGCGUAGGAGAAUGAUCUAAUAUAAAUGUGUCUGAUGGCUGAUAGAGUAAUGAUCCUGUGGCAGCUUUGGAGAAGGUAGAGUGUAUAAACCAUGUGUUUCCUCUGUUUCUGUCUAAUGACUGACUAGUUUAUUAUCAUUAUUAAUUUAAUUUGAAAAUGUCAAAUAGCAUCUAAGAAUUUGUGUUCAUAUGUUCACUGUGACCAGAAAUGAAAUCAUCAUUUGAAUAUUCUCUGUUAAUGUGUGCAUUUCUUAAGCAGGUCUUCAUCACAAGUGACACAAAAAGCCAGACAGCAGCUAUCAUGAGCUCCACGCAGUCAAACUCCUCUGCAAAUGUGACCUUUGUUCGUCCUGCAACAUUUUUCAUCAACGGCUUUUAUAAUGUCCCACAUGCAAAAUAUUAUUAUAUGUUCUUGUCUUUGGUGUAUGUUGUGACUGUUUUAGGGAAUUCAUUUAUCAUGUGUAUCAUUUAUUUGGCCCGCAGACUUCACACAGUAAAAUAUAUUGGUGUUUUCCAUUUGGCCCUUUCUGAUCUGUGUGGAAGCUCGGCUUUGAUUCCAAAAGUCAUUGACACAUUUUUAUUUGGCCACCAGGACAUUUCAUAUGAAGCGUGUUUGGAAAAUAUGUUUUUUGUCUUUCAUUUCAUGAAUCUGCAGUCUUUGACACUAGUUGUCUUGGCUUAUGACAGACUGAUUGCAAUUUGUUUUCCUCUACGGUAUCAUGCCAUUGUAACCAAAACAGCCAUGUUUCUGAUCAUAGGCGUAAUGUGGAGUUUUUCUGUGACUUUUUUUUCUAUACUUGUAGGUUUGGUCAAUAGGCUUUCUUUUUGUAGAUCUAAUGUGAUUGAUACUUACUACUGUGAUUUUGCCCCUAUCUAUAGACUAGCUUGUAAUGAUAAUUCUGUGCAUAUUUUGAUGGGAGGACUUUGUUUUGGUCUCCUGAUUUGCACACCGCUGAUACUGAUCUUCAUCUCAUAUUUCUGCAUCGCUCUGGCUUUGUCUAAGAUUGCUCAUAGUGUUGACCGAAUCAAAGCCAUGAAAACCUGCACCUCACAUCUCAUGUUAGUAGCAAUUUUUUAUCUCCCAAUUUUAAGCAAUAAUAUUGCAUCUAUAAUAACACCUAUCCAUCCAAACGGCCGGUUAAUUAACAAUUCUCUCACUCAGACAAUACCACCUAUGCUGAAUCCCAUCAUAUACACUCUAAAGACAGAGGAGGUCAUGCAAUCUAUAAAAGAAUUGUACAAACGAAGCAGGGUGCAUGCUACUAUGGAAAGAAAUAUGAAAUGCAGUGGGAGAAAUUUAAAAACAAAAUAA